UAUGAGCAGCUGACUUGGCUGUUGCCUUCUAUAUUUGUCACAAGUUACAUUUUGCUUCUCCUGUUUGGUGUGGCAAACCCAACCUCUUUACCAGACAACACAGGGCACUGAAAUUACCAUUUCCGCGGACUGAAAGCCUUUAUAAACCUCCAGUGUACAGGCUUUAGGCCCUUCCCUUCUCAACAUGGAUGUGUAUGGAGGAGAGCUGGAUGUCAUCUCAGAGGAGAUGACAGUGAGUGAUGAUGAAGAGCAUGUUGUUGAGGAUCACUCCACUGCAUUCAUGAACAAGUACAUGGAGAAUCUGCCAACCGCUGCAGCAGGGCCACAGGCCACAGCCGCUCAGGUCUCAUCCUUCCAGAGGUUUUCUGUGGAUACAAAUGAAUCUCUACAUUUUGAACCUGCCAUGCCAGAAGGAGAUGGGAACGGGCUCGCACAGGGCGGCGAUGACGUGUUUCUGACAGACGAUCAAGACGAAUCAAAAGAAUUGAUGGAGGGGCGCACGGCUCAAACUGACAGCGACCCUCCUGACGCCUACUGCACCGUCUGUCAGACGCCUACACAUGCAUUCAAGACGCCUACAGGGCUCCACAGGAACCACAGGGUUAUCUUACUGAAAAAGGCAGCUCAGGAAAUCAAGAAUGACAUCAACAAAACAAGAGGCAAGUUGGAGGAAAGGAUUACACAGAUGGAGAAUUUUGUGGGCAACCUUGAAGAGAUAUUCAUCACGGUGGAGGAGAACUUUGGGCGUCAGGAACAGAACCUGGAGCAGCACUACAACGACGUGCUUCAGACACUGGCGCACCGGUACGACGAGCGGGCCUCAGCCCAGGAGGACGAGAAGAAACACAAGCUGGAGUCCCUUUACAACCAGCUCAUCAGCUGCGGCAAGAUGAUGGACGACUCCAAAGAGCUGAUCGAACGAGCCCAGGCCCUCCACAGAAACGAAAACAAAUACGCAUUCCUUCAGAGGGUAAUGCCCAUUAUGAAGCAAAUCGAGGGGGUUGCCAAAGAGGAGCUGGAUCUAAAGAUUGCCACCAACUUGGAGUUUGACGUCUCAACAGCUGAUCUGUCCGAUGUGAAACAAAUGAUGGACUCCAUCAAUGCUGUCCCAGCUCCCUCAGCACCAGUCAUGAACCCUCAGAUCCCCAACUCUGCCACCUACACCUCUCUGAGGGUCUGCUGGAGCCUGUUCUCAGACGACACGGUGGAGUACUAUGAGCUCUACAGCAGGCCUAUCUUUGAGGACAUCACCGUGGAGGCUGACCUGGAAGCCACCAAGGUGAGGGUGAAGGAGACUCACUACACCGUGACUAACCUGCUGCCCAAUGCGCAGUAUGAGUUUUGGGUCACCGCGACAAACACCACAGGCAUCAGCCCCACCAGUGAGAAAGCGGUCUACAUGACGGUCCCAUCCCCUCCUGUCAUCAAGCCACGCGAGUGCACAAGUUGUCCAGAGGCGGCGCUCAUUCGCUGGGAAUCAGGCAACACCAACCCUGUGGACUCAUACACUCUGGAGCUGAUAGAGAUGGGAGCCGAGUCCAGUACAAGCACUGUGACUGAGUCUAUUGUGGCCAUCCCUACUUGUGAGUGCCUGGUUCAACUGCAGCCGGGGAAGCAUUAUCUGAUUUAUGUACGAGCUGUGAACAUCGGAGGUCCCAGUGAGAGAAGCGAGUCAUUUACUGUGUCCACAACAGGUACACUGUUUCAUCUUAUGGAGGACACAGCACAUCCAUGUUUGAGUGUUUCUGAGGAUGGAUUCACAAUGUUUUACUCUGAAGAGGAACUGCCUUUGAGUGAAAUGAUCUUUGGUGACAACACAUUUGCAAGGUGUGUGGCAGUGCUGGGGGACUUGAUCCCAGUUCGCACGAAGCACUACUGGGAGGUGGAGGUGGACCCUCACACCGAGUACCGCAUAGGGGUGGCCUACGAGGACACGCAGAGGAACGCCUACCUUGGAGGAAACAACAGCUCCUGGUGCAUGAGGCACGUCCUCACCCCGGUCCGGCAUAAGUACGAGUUUCUCCACAACGGCUGGUCCCCGGACAUCAGGAUCACCAGCCACCCCUUGAGGAUCGGCAUGGCUCUGGACUACGACAGGGGAACGCUGUCCUUCUUCAACGCGGACCUGGGGCAGCACCUCUUCACCUUCGAGUGCCAGUUCCUGCACUACGUUCACCCCUGCUUCGCCCUCGACAACCCGGGAGCACUCGCACUUAGAAUGGGCAUCCCUUCUCCUCAUUACAUUAAGCUGAUCUGACCACCACACAACCACUUCUACAGACAUUUUACAAAUGUUACCAAAAUAAAUUGCCAAAUAAUAAUUGAUUAUAGAC